AUGUCGACAGAACAAGGUGUUUCUGCACCAGAUGCAACAGGAACUGAGGCAACUAAUCUCCUAAAAAGGAACUCGGAUGAUGUUGGAUGGGAAUAUGGUGUUCUUGUUGAUGCUAGCAACAGGGACAAGGUGAAGUGCAAGCUCUGUGACAAGGAGAUGAGAGGAGGGAUUCAUAGGUUGAAGGAGCAUUUGGCUCAUGAAGGAAAGAAUGUGAAGAAAUGCACAGCAAGAACACCACAGGCUAUGGAGGCUAAAGAGAAGUGCAAGAAGGCACUAGCUGAUGCAAAAAGGAAGAGGGAGGAGAAGACUGUUCGUGAGCUAGAAAUUAGAGAGGAAGUUCAUGUAUCUAGGGUUGGAACAGAUUCAGAUGAAGUCACCUGUGUUGGAAGUUCAGAGCCCCACAAAUUAGGACCCAUUGACAAAUGGACAUGUGCUAUUGAUCCUAAAGCUACCAAGUCUGAUUCUUUGAAGCAACAGCAACUGAACAAGGAACUUUGGAAAGAAAGAACCAAUGAGGUGCAUAAGUACAUUGCAAGAUGGGCCUAUACACAUGGAAUUGCUUUCAAUGCAUGUGAUAAUGAUGAGUUCAAGCAAAUGUGCGAAGCAAUUGGACAGUUUGGUCCAGGACUUGUACCUCCAACUCAGGAUGCACUACGAGGGAAGUUACUGGAAGAAGAAUAUGAAAGAACCAAGAGUUUGCUGCAGGAGUGUGAAGCCGAGAAGAUGAAAAAUGGGUGUUCUAUUAUGACUGAUGCUUGGUCAGAUAGGAAGAGGAGAAGCAUAAUGAAUCUAUGCACCAAUUGUGCUGAUGGAACCUCCUUCAUCAGCUCUAAGGAGAUGUCACAUGUCUCACAUACCAGUGAGGUCAUCUUUGAUCUUGUGGACAAAGCAAUUGAAGAGAUUGGUCCAGACAAUGUGGUGCAAGUAGUGACUGACAAUGCCUCUAACAACAUGAGAGCAAAGAGGCUAUUGGAAGAGAAGAGACCACACAUAUUUUGGACCUCUUGUGCAGCUCACACAAUCAACCUUAUGCUCCAAGGAAUUGGCAACAUGACUCGGUUCAAGAAAGUGGUUGACCAAGCAAAGGCAUUUACCAUAUUUGUCUAUGGCCACACAAGGACAUUGGAGUGCUUGAGAUACUUCACAGAGGAGAAAGAGGUAGUGAGGCCAGGAGUAACUAGGUUUGCUUCAAACUUUCUCACUUUGAGUAGCAUGCAAGAGAAGGACCAGUUAAGGAAGAUGGUGGUUCAUAGUAGGUGGAACUCAUUGAAGGAUGUGAAAUCAAAGAAAGGAAAAGAGACAACAGCAACUAAAUUUAGUCCAAGCUUUUGGAAGGAUGUGAAGCUAACAUUGACUGUUUUUGAGCCAUUGGUCAAAGUCCUCCGUUUGGUUGAUGGGGAUGUGAGGACAUCCAUGGGUUUCCUUUAUGGAGAACUACUAAAGGCAAAGAGACAGAUCAAAGAGGCCUUUGGAAAUGUUGAGGCUCGGUUCAAGGAUGUAACAGCUGUUAUUGACAAGAAGAUGAAUGGAAGGCUUGAUUCUCCAUUGCAUUUGACAGCCUAUUUGCUGAAUCCUCACUAUAGCUAUAGUGACCCAUCAAUCUUUGAUCAGCCCAAAAUAUCAGAAGGGUUUAUAGCUUGUGUUGAGAAAUUUUAUUAUCAUGAUGAGGACAUGCAGCAUAAGGCUGCCAACAUUGAACUAAAGAAGUUUCAGAAUAGAGAAGGACCCUUUAGCAAGAAGCUUGCUAGGACUUUUGAAAACUUUGAUUACAACCCAGCAUCAUGGUGGAGACUGUAUGGAUAUGAAACACCAGCUUUACAGAAGAUGGCUACAAGGAUCCUAUCUUUGACAUCAAGCUCUUCUGGUUGUGAAAGAAAUUGGAGUGGGUUUGAAAGGAUACACACUAAGAGGAAUAGGCUUACUACAACCCGCCUCAACAAGCUCGUGUAUAUCCAAUUCAACUCCAGGCUGCUUAGUAAGAGACAAAAGACCAAGUCAAACAAAAUCACUGAUGUUCUCUUGUCUAGUGAUACAACUGAAGCUCAAGGUUUUCUCCAAGAGGGUGGGGAUGAUUGUGCAUUAGUUGACUUUAGAAAUGGGGAGGAAGAUGAGAUGGAAGGUACAGGGAUACCUUGGUCUGUCAUUGGAGAGGCAGUGGGAGCAGAUGAACAGCUUCAGCUGCGUAGAAGUGUAAGAGUGAGGGAGCUCUAUGAAGGAGAAGAAUUUGAGUAUGAAGAAGAAGAGUAUGACGAUGAGGAUGUGUACUACAGUGAAGAAGAAAUAUGA